UGAUCAGGGAACAGCCGGAGGUGGGUACACAGGAGUUUGGAUUCAGGAAUGCAGAAGUGCGGGAACGAAGCAUGAAUGGCGAUGAUCUGGCAAAGACAGACCGUCCGCUGGGUCCUCUAUAUUCCAGGGUUAAUUAUUGCAGAUGAGGCGCAGGUGUCCGCAUCCCAAUCAGUGCAGGUGUGUGGGGAUCUGCACAGCCAGGGCUGGACCGGCAGGACCAUGAUAUUCACGCUCUUCUCAAAAUGGAACUAUCACUGGGCUCUGAUGGCCAAUGGAGAUCAGACAAAAGGCGAAACCUCUGACCUGCAGAGGGUCACCUCAGAGGAAGCAGAAAAAAACAAGCCAAGAAUCAAGUUCAAAAUUGUACCACCACCUCCUCCCAAACCCAAAAGUAAACCCCCACCAACACCUUCUCAGAGGGCGUCUCCUCAGCCUCUUCUCAUAGUGAGGCGUAAAGUUGAAGUGGACAUAUUUCGGUUACACUGGAGAGAGUCCUGGAUGUGUCUGAAACCACCAAAGUAUCUUUUUCUCAGGGCUAGUGAGUCAAAAAAAAGAAUCCAAGUAUUCACAGCUAUCGACGUCAGCAAGAACAAGUACAAACCUGUUGGAAAUGCAUCAGGCCCUGAGUACACAUCUAUUAAUGACUGGAAUCAAUCCUGGAAGCAGGUGAAGGGUACCACGCAGUCAGAGUGGUCGGAGGAGAAACAAUUCCAUUGGGAUAUUUUGCCCAAGAGAGCUCUUAUUAACUAUCCAGAAAUAGGAGUUUAUCAUCUUCCUGUAUGGGCUGGCACCUGGAAAAUUAUGAACUUCGCAUUCAGGCAACAGAAGCAAAAGUGGGAUUGUGAUUGGCCUGCUCUUCAACAAAGUUCCAAUCACAAGUUUGACAAAGUACAGCAGCUGUUGGAGCAGGAUGAGCCUCGAGGAUGGAAGGAUUCAUGGAGGCUUUUAAAACCAACAGUUCAUUCUGACGACUGUACAGUCUCUGAGCUCACAUUUGAAAAUAUGAAGAUAAAUGAUGUGCUCCUGCCCGGGUGGAACAAGUCCUGGCUGUUAUCUGCACCUCCUCUGCAGGAAGAAGAAACUCAUGAGAUUAUCUGGAGCUCUUGCUGGCUUUACAGGCUGCAGCUCAGGUGGUGCAUCUCCUCACUACAAUCCCAUCAAAAGCACAGCGACCUGAUGACAAGGAGACGUAAUUUUCUCAACUCCCUCCUCACAUCAGAAAUGAACGCUGGGAAUAGUGAUUUCACCGAGUGGUGGGAUUCUUGGAAGACUCUGAAAAGAUGGAACCCACCAGGAGAGGAAAUUGUUGAUGACUCUGAGAUUUCCGAAUCAAUUAGUGACGAAGAGGAAGAGGACAAAGGAGUGGACAGUGAUGAUGAGGAAGAUGAGUUAGAUAGUGAGGAAAUAGAAGAUGAAGAAUAUGGUGGCAAAGAUGAUGAGGACCAGGACGAAGAAGUAAAUGAGGAAGAGGAAAUGGAGGACGCAGAGAUUGAAAUCAACGACAAGGAUAUAAAUGUAAAGACAAAAACACAUAAUGGGGAAAAUGAACAAAGUGACACUGACAUGAGUGAGGAGGAUGAAGAAACAGAAAAUGAAAGAGAGGAGGCUGACGAGGAAGACGAAGAGAUGGAAGAGGACACUGAAACACAUGGGAUGAAACUGCUGAAUAGUCACAACAGCAUCCAAAAUGAGGAUGAUGAGGAGAUUGAAAAUGAGGACAGUGGGAUGAUUGAAGAUGAAAAGGAGGAGAAGGUGAAUGAACAGUAUCAAGGCAACAAUUUGAAUGAGAUGGAAGUAACGGAAGUGCACAAGUUGCUUGGAAACAAGCAAAUUAUGGAGGAUGAGCAAUUAAUUGUUUGGAACAUGGGCAAUGGGGUUGAUGCAAAUGAGGAGAAGGAGGACGAGGAGGAGGAGAAAGAGAAGGAGGAGGAGGAGGAAAAAGUUGAGACAGAUAAUCAGAAGUGCAUGGAGGAGCAUGGAAAGGAAGUCGAGGAAAAGCAAGUGUACCGGAACAUCACACUGCAGCUCAAGGAGAUAUUUCAAAUGAUUGCAAAUGACAAAAAAGAUGAUGAGGAGGAGAGCAAUGAUAAUGUAGACACGGAUAAGGAGGAAAAAAUAAUAACUCUCGUAGAAGAAAAGCCAACCAGAGAAACACAGUCUGACAGGAUAAACAGACUAGAUUGUACUGAUGAAGGGGAAGAAGAUGAGGAAGAUGUUCAGGGGGAGGAGGAGGAGGAAGAGGAGACUGAAGAGGAGGACACAAUUGAGGAGGAGAAUAAGCGGGUCAAGGAGGAAGAUGAUAAGAAUGAGAAAGACGGGGAUGAGGUAGAAGAGAAGGACGUGAAACAAAACAUUGAAGAGGAAGAGCAGGACAAAAUGGAACAUGAAAAGGAAGCUGCAACUGAUGAAGAGGACAAAGAAAACCAAAAGGAGGAAACUGGAGUGAAAACAGAUGCAGAAGAGGAUGACGAAGAUGAAGGGGUUUGGGGUGAAAGUCAUCAAUGGGCCAACAAUGAUACAGACAAGAACAAUAUGAAGAAACGAGCUGAUGGUGAGUGGGGGGAAGACAGCAAAGAACAAACACAGCAUGCAGAUGAAGAAUUACAGGAUGCAGAAGAAGGUGAGGAGGUCGAUGCUGAUGAUGUGACGCAACGUGUAUGUUUCGAUGAUGAUGCCGAGGGAGAUGAAAAAGAGCCUGAAAGAGAAGAAUGCAGUGAAGAUGAUGAAGAGCAGUUGAAUGAAGAAGAAGAGGAUGAUGUUAACGACAAUGAGGACAGCUCUCCCUGCAAAGCCCCCCAAAAUAAUGAGCUAAUUGUGAAAGCAGCACAUAAAACAGAAGAAGUCAUGGAGGACGAAAUCAAGGACCAGAAGUCCAGGAAGCCAAUCAAAUGCAAGCCGAGCGUCCCACUUCACCUGCAGUUCCACAAACUGAACAAUUCCUUCUCCUCGUGGAAGCAGUCUUGCACGGUGGCAGUGGCCCACAGAAUGAGUAAGGAACAUAACGAAGAUGGCGACAUGGAAGGAGAGCAAAACGAGCUGCAGGCUUGGCGAGAAUCUUGGAGGAUCUGCCGCUGGAGAAAGCCUCGUGACGAUGAAGUCUUGAGUUUUUUUACUCAGCAUCAGCGUGGGAAACACAAAGGACUGUUGCGUGACGAUGAUCUGCUGCUCAAGAGGCAAUGGACUCUCAGCUGGAAAAUGACCAAGAAGGGUGAAAACAUGAAAUAAUAAUCAUGAAAGGAGGAUGGCGAAGAAGCUCUAGUAUCUGAUUUGCUUUCGAACUAAUUCAAUCUAACUGGACUUUAGAGCUAAAAUUGAAAAAAAAAAAACGGUAUAUUGACAGAUAAUGUAAUAAGAAUCAUCAUCUUGGCUGCUUUAAACACAUACCAAACAUUAAUGAGCCAUCCGGCAAUCUCAAUUUGCAAUAUGUAAAAGACCAGCUAGAAUAGUUUGAAACAGGAAUACGCUUAGACACAAUGACAUCACAGGCUAUGAAAAAAAACAUUAUUCAAGUUACCAUUAAACAUUAUUACUAUCAUAGAUCCUUGCAAUACACACAUUUGCCUUUUAAGUUCUUGUAUGCUCACCAGUUUCAUAAAGUCAGAAUAUAUCAGAUUCCGAUUCUUAUUCGUUUCCCCCAAAAUUCUUCCAGUAUGAAAUAAUGGAAACAAAAGUUGUUAAAGAUCCUGUAAAGUGAAAAAUAAAUGUUUUA